AUGGCUGAGGAUGGCCAAGGUGCCUUUCCCUCUCAAUACGAUGAGUCCGGCAUGACCUCUUUCGAUCGAGUAGAGGCAGAGCUGCGUGGUGAGCAGCUCAAGCUGAUCUGUGAUUUGUCCAUUGGUUCGCGGGUAGAAGUUGUUUGCAAUGUUGGCCACGACGUUGCCUACGCAAAGGGCCAAGUAUCUAGACAGACUGAUAUUGAAUAUGGACGUCUCCAAUUCUUUUUGGACGACAAGCUCAUGUUCGAUCCCUUGUCGUUCAACGACUUCCCUGCCAUUAUGGCCAGCCCAACCAAAGAGGUGCUGGUGCGGGUCGAGGUGCCAGCAGUCGACGGCUAUUACAGCUUUGGUGGCCCAUCUGACACAGCAAGAUCCCCUCGCAGAGUUGUCAUCAAGCUCUACGACUACAUCUUCAAUGAAGUGAUGAGAAGAGAGAAGCUGCAGUCAGAGCUGGCCAGUCGUACAGGGAAUUUCUUUCUCCUCCUCAUGCAGCAAGUUCACAAAAAGUUACGGCCUGGACGGCCGCUUCCAAAGACAGAGGAGGAGUUGGAGUCGGUCUCGCUCUUAGAAUAUUUGGAGAAGUCCGGAGGAUAUCGCAAUCAGAGGAGCUUGGGCCUGGUUCAAUGGAUUGUGGCUCAUGGAUGCGGCCGCUCGAAACGACAUGGCUGGGUGUCGCGACCACUUGGCUCUGCUAGCAAUGGCUGUCGAACAGGCAAACUUCGACAAUGGCGACUGGUCCGUCGCCUACCUGAUCAGUCUACUCGAGGAGCCUCCGGUCACCAUGUUUCAAGAGAGAACAAUGGCUAUCACUUCUACGAGCCGGCCUUUCUCGCCCCUCAUUCCUCCUGCCUGGACGGCGACGACUCUGGGGUAUCUCAAAGAUUUGGAGGUGCUCUCGAACAAGAAGCCAGAUUCCAAGAAACCGGCUACUCCAAAGACUCAGACCGAGACCGAGUCAGGGAGUCCACCAUCUCCAAAGAGGAAGCCCAGAUUCCCUCGACGGCCAAAGGCCCCUCAGGAAGGGGGGCAGCAGCAGUGACCUAUGGUGAACCUUGCAUGGAGGGCCAGACCGCCGAGACGGCGUUUGAAGGUCGAGACCCUGUCAGAAUUCACGAGGAGCAUCAUCUUUUUGGAGUUCCUGCAAUUGGGGAGUGUGAUGUCGAGCCUGGGGACAAUGCUCUCUUUGCUUCAUCGAAGGCCUAUUUGGACUUUCAAUGCCGAGAAGCUCAAGCAAAGGACCGCAAGGCACCAGCAGAGGAGAGCAAGGCUGCUCUGUGUUUUGGGAGUAGCAAAGCUGUCUAUGGCCGCUAUGAUAUCCUGGGCUCCCCUCAGAAGGAUGUCGUUGGAGAGGUGAGGAGUAAAGUGAUUGGUGCUGAGAUUAACUCUGGUCCAUCUGCUGCAACACAGGGCGUCGCGACUUGUGGAGCACCGAUUGCAAAGAGGUUAGCUUUGAGUGUCACAUCUUUGCAACUGGCGCAGCUGGCUUAUACUUCUGACGCUCUUCACCUUUGCUUACUUGGAGCCUGGACAUCUAUCAUGCUAUACCGACGGCCGUUGAUGGGGAUUUUCUCCGCUGCCCAUGGUGUCGUUCAGGCUGAUGAAGUAGACAGCGCCCAUCCGAGGUUGGUGCCUUUGUCGAGGAAGGUUGCAAAUGAGUUUGUGAUCGCUUCAGUGCUUGCACCUUUGGCUGUCUCUGAUUUAGCAGCUCGUUUUGAGGACAAGAUCUACUCCACUGAUGCCUCCGAUAGCCGUGGGGCCAUCACCUCUGCUCCCCUUGAUCCUGUCCACGUGGGGCACCUCUGGAGGGCUUGCAAGUCGAAGGGGGCUUAUAGCAGGUUGAAGACACCGCUGGAGAUGGUCCUAUUACGUCUUGGCGUUUCGGAGGAGGGCAUUGAGGAGGAUGACUGCAGUGGAGACCUCGCAUAUGGAAAGCCCUCUUUGGAGAGGCCCUUGGCCUUUGAGUAUGAUUUCAUCGAGGUCUAUGCAGGUUCGGCAAGGGUGUCUGAGGCAGCUAUGCAGUUGGGCCUUGUCGUUGGUCCUCCUAUAGACAUCUCCUACAGUGGGGAGCUUGAUCUUUGCCUCCCACGAGUGUUGGAAUGGAUCACCUACAUGCUCGCCAACUACCAGCUCAAGAGUGUGAUGGUAGAGCCAGUCUGCACAUCCUUCUCUUUGAUGAGGAGGCCGCCCCUGAGGUCGAAAGAGGUUCCAUAUGGUUUCGAUCUCGGCUGUCCUCAGACGAGGGUUGGGAACCAGCUUGCACUACGGGCUUUGGCUAUUCUUUCGCUUUGCCAUCGGCUUUUCCUCCCUGGUCUUUUGGAGCAGCCUUGGAUGGGCAUGAUGAGGUAUCUCGCCCCUUGGGUCUCCUUGGAGAAGAAGGCUGAUGUCAGUGUCAAGAGAUGUGACUCUUGCGCCUACGGAUCACCACAUCUCAAGAGUUUUCGAAUGAUGGCGGUCCACAUGGAUAUUUCAAGACUGACUCGGAGAUGCACCAGGGAUCAUGACCAUGUGAUCGUUGAGGGCAAGUACACGAAGGCUUCAGAGAAGCCUUCAUUGCAGAGAAGCUUGAGAGCUCGGAGCCUUGAGGCUGGAAAGAUGGGCAUUUUGGAAGGUGAGCUUGAAGUGGAAAAGGAGUUCUGGUCCUACAGCGGCCACUUGGGCCAGACCAAGGCAGUGGUGAACUCAAGUUCUCGAGCGGCUCCACGGGCUGCACCACAGCGGGAGAGAUGGAUCCUCACAGAUGGUGGGAUGCCCUGUCAACUGCCAUUUUGGCACGAAGGCCACAAGUACGAGACGUGCCAUCCUGAUGGCUGGUGUUGUUUGGACCCGGAUUGCUCUCGCACAUCGGGUUGCUCCAAGUCAUCCGAGAUGCCACUGCAGCGAGCACGAGACCCAGUGAGGAGUUCUUGCAAGUUGAAGGCGCUUGGACAGGAAUUUCUUUGGGACCCGGAGGGGCCAUCAGGUGACAUCAACUUGAUGUUCUUUUUGUUGCAGGCAGAUGCGCCAGGAUGGGAAGACCAAGACCUGGAACCACUGGUCGAGCUUUCCCAAAGCUUGGAGUUCAGGCUGGUCCUCAUGAGCUACAAGAGCUCUUCUGAGGAGAUCCAGAGCCUCAUGCUCAGAACUCACGAGCAGCUCGGCAGACUGGCCACAGCCGGCACAGCUUUUAACAUGGAGCGAGUGAGGCGGAGUUUCGUCUUGGCCACGCAGCCAGCAUGGCAAAUUUCGUUCGAUUCAUGCUGGCUACCAUCUGUGACGCACGCAUGGUCCAAACAUGUGAGCGUGCUACGGGCCUUUAGCGCCAAAGAUGACCCCAUCGUCCUGGAACGCACCCAGACGAUUCGGGGGGAUUGGGCAUUGCGAGCCAGCGAUAAGGAGUUGUCACUACCUCUCCGUUGGGCGGGCUAUUUAUGUGAUGAGAAUGAGAAGGUCCAGGAAGAGGCCUCUUGGCCGGCACCUUUGCUUGACCUCACGGGUGCCGUGGCGUUGGUCGCCCGGGGUACCUGCUCUCACUAUCACAAGGCGCGGGCGGCCAAGGAGCUCGGUGCAUCUGGAGUGGUGAUCUUCAGUCAAAAUGAGGUGCCGGUGGCCAUGAGUUGUGCUGCUCCAGAUCCUUGCAAAGAUGGCUUGGACAUUCCAGUGGUGAUGACGACCAGGUCAGUGGGGGAAACCCUGCUGGAGGAGAUGUUUAACAGCUCCAGUGGCUCCUUGGUCAUGGCAAGCCUGGCUUCUCAAAGUGAGGGGCCGAACAUGGUGGGCGUUUUGGGACAUUCAGGUGGGCUAUGGUACAACUCUCCCAUUGGUCCAUCCCAACUGGCUGACGAACUAAGAGGCAUGGAAUACAGGAGGCAGCUGCUACAGCGCCAGGAAGAUCUCGCGAAAGCCUCAUCCUCCGAAGUGCUCCGAGUUGAUGUGUUUCAGCGCGAGCCUUUUCCUGGCGGACUGGCGGCCAAGUGGACAGCCCAGCAGGCCAAACUGGUAAGGGAGGGCGGCUUCACAGACCUAGCGAUUGAGCUGAGGCUGGAGUGCGAUGAUCACUUGGACGACAACUGCCCACCCUGGGAUCAUGAGCUGAACUUGUACCUUUGCUUGGCCACCGCUAGCGACGAGGAGGAGGGCCGUUGCCACGACCGGCGGACCUCGCUGGCUCGUUGGGUGACGCCCUACGGCCGCGAGGCGCAUUGGUUCAGUGAGGCCAAAGCGGGAGUUGCCUUGCUGAGCUCAGAAGAAGCGAUGGAUGGCUUAGGAACUUUGCACCUUCAUACUUGGCAGCACUACACCGUGUCGCUGGUCUUUUGGUUCCGGCGCUCUCCAGAUCAUGCCCUGCUGCCCUUCCGUCAGAUCGCACUGUGGGGAGCUUCAACCCCCUUCGAUUUGGGCUACAACCCAUCGCAACGGCCGAGGAGCUUUGAGGUCCCUUUGGCCACCCGGCAGGUCGUGCUGAGCGCCCUGAUCACAGGCCAUGGCUGGGGUGUUGAUGAGGAGAACUGCGCAGAGUUCUGCGAGCAUUCGCACCACUUUGCCAUCAAUGGUAUGGGAGGCCCGCUGCUCACCAAGUUGCAUCCCACUGCUGGCAAUGAGGAUGGAUGCAAGACGCAGGUGCUGGAAGGCGUGGUGCCCAACCAAUACGGGACCUGGCCCUUUGGCCGCGCCGGCUGGUGCCCAGGGCAGCAGGUGAACUGGUGGGAGGUGGAUGUGACUCAUUGGCUGCAAUCAGAGACCAACACCAUCACGUACAAGGCUCUCUUCAAUGGAACUGACUACGAUCCGGAACCAAUUCAAGGGGAUUCCUUGGGCUUUCCGGCGGAAAUCCAUGUCGCGGCAGUUUUAACCUUUUACACGGAUGACGGGUCUGCUCGCAAGCAGCCGGUCAACCUUCUUCUGGAAGAUUCGAGACGUUUAGUUUUCCCCUGA